CGCACGGUUUAUAAUUUUGAUGAUAACAUUGGAUAACACCUUUGCAGCCAAUGGUAAAACAAUUUUAGUUUUAUCAACUAAUAGUGGUUUAACAGUGACAUUCUAAAGAUGAUAUAAUGUUAAUUAGUGUUGAAAAAGAUUAUUGACAUUUCUGUGUACUUUGUAAGGCGCAAUAUCCAAUGAAACAAAGAUUCGAAAUGCAUAUAUUUAAUGAUUUUAUAUCGCAUUUUGGAAAUAUAAAAUGUUGGCAAUGAAAAGAUUACAUUUCUUUUAAUUGUGAAUGCAAUGUAACAAAUAGUGCACAGGAUUCAAAUGCGAUGAAGUUGUCAAUCACGGAUUAAUGAAUGUUGUGCCGAAAUUAACAAUUAAUAGAUAUUAUUUCUAAAUUUUCAUUUUACAUUGAAUUACAUUUACGCAGGACAAACAUGUGGGAAGAAGGAUUUAAAACUGUUAUACUGCCAACAUUAUCUACUAUGUUAGUUUUUGUAUUAGUUAUUAAUUUUUUUAGACGUAUUACAGAAGAGACAUAUAUUCAUAUAAGAGAUGUUACUCAAGAACAUAAUUGGAAACCCAUAAGAAAAGUAACUAAGGCAUAUUACUGCAGUAUUUGUGAAAGUUUAUUAUUAAAUAUCAAUGGUUUGUUAUGUGAUUCAUGUGGAGUAUGUGCAGAUCUUGGAUGUGUCAAAACAGCAAAUAAAAUACUUCGUUGUAAAGCUAUUACUAUGGAAAAUGAUGAACAAUUGUUACACCAUUGGAUUAAAGGUAAUUUACCAGUAGUAGCAAUGUGUGCUAUUUGUAAUGAAGAAUGUGACACAGAACUCGGCCUUAUGGAUUGGUGGUGUUGUUGGUGUCAAAGAAGUGUUCAUGAUUCUUGUAAACUUUCAAUAUCUGAGGUAUGUGACUUUGGUAGAUUUAGAUUAAUGAUAAUUCCACCUCAAAGCUUAAAAGCUAUAAGUAAGCGCAGAAGAAUGAGACGCAAAUUAGUACUGCAUUCAGUUAUAAAACCUGAUUGGAAUGGUUGGAAUCCUCUUAUUGUUGUUGGAAACAGGAAAUCUGGUAAUAAUGAUGGGGAAGAAAUUUUAUCAUUGUUUAGAGGAUUAUUAAAUCCUGCACAAGUUAUGGAUUUAGCAGAGCAAGAUCCAACCGCAAUAUUUAUGUGGUGUCGUCUACUUGGAAAUACUCCCUGUACAGUUCUUGUUGCAGGUGGUGAUGGAACUAUUGCUUGGUUGCUUAAUAUUAUUCAUAAAUUACAAUUAAAGCCAGUUCCAGCCGUUGCAAUACUUCCUUUAGGAACAGGAAAUGAUUUGUCGAGAGUAUUGGGAUGGGGCAAGGAGCAUGAUUCUAAUUUAGAUCCUAGUGAAAUUUUACAAAAGAUACAACUUGCUGAAAAGGUCAACUUUGAUAGAUGGGCUGUAACAGUUAAACCACAAAAUGGAUCUGCAGGAUCGCAACAAAAUCUUUUUAUGUAUAAUUAUCUAAGCGUAGGAGUGGACGCUCAAGUAACAUUAGAUUUUCAUCGCACAAGGCAAAGUCGUUUUUAUUUAUUCAGUCAUAGAAUUUUUAAUAAGUUAUUAUAUAUAUGUUUUGGUACACAACAAGUUAUGGAAAGAGAAUGCAAAAAUCUUGACAAGAAUUUAGAAGUUUAUUUAAAUGAUGAAAGAGUAGAUUUACCUUCCAUAGAAAGCAUAGUUAUACUUAACAUUCCAUCAUGGGCUGCUGGUGUUGACCUCUGGAAUAUAGGAUUGGAAGGUGGACAAAACGAAGUAGGAGUGCAAAAAAUUGAUGAUAAAAAAUUAGAGGUUUGCGCUCUUUACUCAUCUUUUCACAUGGCUCAAUUACAAGUUGGUUAUUCUCAACCACAUCGAUUGGGACAAGCUAGUGUUGUCAAAGUGAAAUUAUUGAAAUCAUGUGCCAUACAAAUCGAUGGUGAACCAUGGUAUCAAAAUCCUUGUGAGUUAACCAUUACUUUCUGCAAUCAAGCUUUGAUGUUGGAGAACAAACUUGUUUCGCUGUCAUUAUACAUGGGUUGUCAACAUUAUCUUGCAAACUUGGCGAGAAUGAAUAAUUUAAAGAGUGAACAUUGCAUUAAUACAUAUUGAUAUGGAUCUUGUUGCAAUAUGCAAUGUCUGAAAAAAAAGGUUAAAUGUUUAACAUGGUUAAUUUUACUGAAAGCUAUGUUUAGCUUUCAAG